AUGGAGGCAAUCAAAUUAAAAACAUCUGUUAAUCCGAACGUGAAAAUUGUCCAGAAGCCUCAUGAAGUAUGGGAACGAAAGCAAAUAUUAUUACUCGCAUUUCUGUGUCGUAUUGUAUUGGUAUUUUAUGCACGUAUACAUGAUUACUUAUUUGAGGUCCCUUUUACUGAUACUGAUUACAAAGUUUAUUCGGAUGCAGCAAAUUAUGUAUAUUAUGGACAGUCACCAUAUCAACGGGCAACUUAUCGCUAUACUCCAUUUUUAGCUUGGCUAUUGUUACCGGUAGUCAAAUGGCCUGAUUUUGGAAAGAUUUUAUUUUGUACUGUGGAUAUUGCAGUUGGCUUUUUUUAUUUUGAAUUGCCUUACUCUCAGCAAGUAAUUGACAAGAGAAUAGAUGAAUCUAAGCUAAAAAAAAGUGUAGUGAUAUUUUGGCUUGUGAAUCCAUUCACUGCUAUCAUUUCAUCAAGAGGGAAUGCUGAUGUGCUUGUUUGCUCCACCGUUUUAUGGACCUUAUAUCUGCUGAUCAGAAAUAAAUGGUGCUUGGCAGCUUUAGUAUAUGGAUGGCUAGCUGUGCACUUGAAAUUAUAUCCAAUAAUUUAUUUGCCAUCUAUAUUUCUUGCACUGUCCGAUGUUUCAUCAUCUGCUACAUGGAUGGAGUAUUGUAAACGGAUAAUUCUGAACAUGAAAGGAUAUGUUUUCGUAUUGAUACUUGUACUUAGUUUGAUGUCAUCAGUAGCAUUUUGUUAUAAAUUGUAUGGUAUGUCUUACCUGAAUGAAGCUCUACUUUAUCACUUGUAUCGCACCGAUACACGGCAUAACUUUUCACCAUAUUUUUAUGUACUCUAUUUAACAGCGAAUGAUACGCAGUUAUUGCGUUUCAUCGGUUUCUGUGCUUUUAUACCUCAAGCAUCACUUAUUUUAUGGCUUGCUUUCAGGUUUCACGAAGAUCUUCCAUUUUGUUGGCUACUUACUACUUUAGUAUUUGUUUCAUUUAAUAAAGUGUGUACAAGUCAAUAUUUUAUUUGGUAUAUUUGCUUACUACCGAUUGCUCAGCGUAGUGUAAAAAUUUCAACGAAAAAUGUAAUAUUUUUGAUAUUGUUAUGGUUAAUGGCACAGAGUUUGUGGCUGAUAGCAGCAUAUCUAUUUGAAUUUCAUGGCGUUGACACUUUUUUUUAUAUGUGGUUUACAUCAUUAUUGUUUCUUGCAGUCAAUACGCUAAUUAUUAUAUAUUUGAUUCAACAGCAUAUUUAUUUUCAAAAAUUAGAAUAUGACAUGACCAAAAAUUAUAAUUUCUUAAGGCUGUAUCUAACAUUUCUCUUGUUACUAUUAAGCAUGUUGUUCUUAAUUGGUUUGGGUCUGGGUAAUGUUGAUGAUAUAACGAUGCGAGGGAAAGCAGUAGUAGACAAAUGUAGUAGUGUAUAUUUAGAGACCUAUACGAGUGUGAUGUCUUUCGGUUUGCGUAUAGAAUCGUUAGAAACUUUUUUUGAUAAAAAAAUUAAGGAAGCUGAUCGCAUAAUGAUUGAGACUAAUUUUGAUCAAAUAUUGGAAGAAGCAAGAGUUGCAGAUGUGUGUAUUCUAGUAGUAGGUGAUCCUUUUGGCGCUACAACACAUAUAAACUUGGUUUUAAGUGCUCGAAAAGCAAAAAUUCCUGUUGAAAUCAUUCAUAAUGCAUCAAUAAUUAAUGCCGUUGGAUGUUGUGGUCUACAGUUAUACAGAUUCGGAGAAAUAAUUUCGGUUGUUUUUUGGGAAGAAAAUUGGAAACCUGAUUCGUACUACCACAAAAUCAAGGAAAACAAAAAAAGAGGAUUACAUACAUUAUGUUUGUUAGAUAUCAAAACAAAAGAGCAGUCUAUCGAAAAUUUGAUGAAAGGACGGAAUGAAUUCCUGAAGCCGAGAUAUAUGACAUGUGCUCAGGCUGUCAGUCAGUUGCUGGAAAUUGCAGAAGAGCAGAAGCAAGCAGGUUUUGAACCAAUUCUGACAAAAACAACAUUAUGUGUCGGCUUGGCUCGAAUAGGUUGGGAUAACCAAAAGAUUGUUUUUUGCUCUAUGCAAGAAAUGCGCCAUAUAGACAUGGGACCCCCCUUGCAUUCAUUGAUCAUUCCAGGCGAUCUGCAUCCUCUUGAACUAGAAUUUUUAGAAAGUUUCCUCACAGUUUUAAUUGCUGAUUAUAAACCAUUCUGCAUCAUAAUUUCUCAGUUUAAAAAUUCCGUCAAACCCGUGUUUGCUAGAGUAACUUGAAA